AUGAGAAAAAUCCCUUCUCUAUCUGUUGAAUCAACAUGUUCACCAUCAACAACUAUCAAUGACAGUGCUGAAACAGAUGAUUUCUCUCCAACAAAUUCCAACAGACCAUUCAUUGAUGAUAUUAUUUUUGAAAUUCUUCAUUUUCUUGAAUCAUUGUUUAUUAUUCAAGUUUGUAUGAAAAUUUCAAAACAAUGGAGACAAGUAUCAUUUCAAAUUCCUCUCUCAUUAUCAUACGAACUAAAUAGCUCCAAACAAGUUCGUAAACAAAUCAAACUUUUAACUAAUUGUCAAUGUUUGAAGAAUUUGACUUCUUUGAACCUGGAAAACAAUCAAAUUGGUAGUGAAUGUGUAAAAUAUAUUUCUGCGAGUGGAUAUUUGAAGAAUUUGGUUUCUUUGAAUCUGUUCGCCAAUCUACUUGGCAAUAAAGGAGUCAAAUAUAUUGCCAAUAGUGAAUCUUUGACGAGAUUAACUUCUUUGGAUCUGAGGUACAAUCAAAUUGGCAAUGAAGGAGUCAAACACAUCACUACGAGUGAAGGUUUGAAGAAUUUGACUUCUUUGAAUCUGUAUUAUAAUGAUAUUGGCAAUGAAGGUGUCAAAUAUAUUACUACAAGUUUAAAGAGUUUGACUUCUUUGAAUCUGUGCUACAAUAACAUUGGCAAUGAAGGUGUCAAAUAUAUUGCUAAUAGUGAAUCUUUGAAGAAUUUAACUUCUUUGAAUCUAGGACAUAAUAACAUUGAGAUUGAAGGUGUGAAACACGUCGCUAAUAGUGAAUGUUUGAGGAAUUUAACGUCUUUGAAUCUGUUCUCCAAUCACCUUAGCAAUGAAGGUGUCAAAUAUAUUAAGACAAGUGAAUGGUUGAAGGAAUUGGCUUCUUUGGAUCCUUAA